AUGGCGGGAUUCUAUUGGACAGUCACGGCUGUGGUAGCUGCUGUGAGCUUCGCUGUAUACCGAUAUGGUCAUGAUAUCCGUCAGAUUGUCGCUCCGAAAUCUACGAGUCCAGAUGUUAAAAAGAAGGAUGAUGAUGGAACGGGUAUUGACAGUGGCUCCCUCGUCCUAGCCAUCAUGAAACACCACCCGAAGAAUAUGGAUCUGAGAAGAGUUGGCGAUGUGGUGAAGUUUGUAAAGGACACCAUCAAGGGGAAACCAAUGAAUGAUAGGUUGCUUGCAAUGGAAAACAUCAUUGCUAUGGUCGGCGCAUUGCCGCCGAACAACAAACAUCGGAUUAAAUUGACAAAUAUACUUAUCACGAAAUUGUGGGAUAGUCUCGAACAUCCUCCAAUAAACUUCCAAGGACCACAGUUCUACUACCGCACUCCAGAUGGGAGCUAUAAUAAUGUACAUUUUCCAAACCUAGGAAAGGCUGGGAUGCCGUAUGCAAGAUCGAUUCGAAGUGACACUAGGCUGCCGGGUGUUCGACCGGACCCAGGAUUGCUUUUUGACCUUCUCAUGAAACGGGAAGAUGGUAAAUUCAAAAAGAACGAAGGGGGAAUCUCAUCGCUGCUGUUCCAUCAUGCAGCACUUAUUAUCCAUGAUAUAUUCCGCACCGAUCGACGAGACAUGAAUAUCAACAACAAUUCUUCCUACCUCGACCUCUCGCCGCUGUAUGGCUCUAGCCUCGAAGAUCAACUAAAGAUCAGAACUAUGAAAAAUGGAUUCCUCAAACCUGACACUUUCCACGACGAGAGAUUAAUUGGGCAAGCCCCCGGUGCCAACGUCCUUCUAGUACUUUAUAGCCGGUUUCACAAUUAUGUAGCUCAGACCCUGCUUCAAAUCAACGAGGGCGGACGUUUCACCCCCAAGGGAGAUGAUGAAGCUUCGCUUGCCAAGUUGGACGAGGACUUAUUCCAGACUGCCAGAUUGAUUGUCGGGGGACUGUAUAUUAAUAUCAGUCUUCACGACUAUCUCCGCGCGAUUACGAACACACACCAUUCGGCCAGCUCGUGGACUUUGGACCCACGUGUCGACAUACCGGAUUCGCUAGUAAAAUCCGGCCCUGAAAGAGGCAUUGGGAACCAGGUCACGAGCGAAUUCAACCUUUUGUACCGUUUCCACUCUUGUACAUCGUUAGGAGAUGAGAAGUGGUUAAACGACUACUUCGCGGGAAUAUUCAAAAGUACCGGAAAGUCUUUGGAGGAAUUGACCUUAAAAGAUGGUAUGCAGGCUAUCGCACGAUUUGAAACCCUAAUUCCCAAAGACCCUAGCCAGAGGAAUUUUGGCGGCAUCAAAAGAGGUGAGGAUGGUAGAUUCCGGGAUGAGGAUCUGGUUAGAAUAUUGAAAGCAAGUAUUGAAGACCCGGCUGUCGCUAUUGCUAACGAGCUACGUUUAGGCGCAUUUGGCCCCAAAAACACACCAAAAGCUUUGCGAGUUGUAGAGAUCCUAGGGAUUCAACAAGCUCGUCAAUGGUCGGGAGCCCAGCAGAGGACGGCAUCGCUUAAUGAGUUCCGCAAAUUCUUCAAGCUUAAACCUCACGAAACGUUCGAAGACAUCAACCCUGACCCGGAAAUCGCUGACCAUCUCCGAAACCUCUAUGGGCAUCCCGACAUGGUUGAAGCGUACCCAGGCUUAUAUGUUGAGGACGCGAAGCCAAGAAUGGACCCAGGCUCAGGCGUCUGCACGCCCUACACCAUCGGUAGAGCCGUUCUUUCUGACGCAAUUACCCUUGUUCGUUCAGAUAGAUUCAACACCACAGACUACAAUGUCGCCACAUUGACAAAUUGGGGUAUGGCAGAAGUCCAACAGGAUUAUGAUACUCUCGGAGGAUCUAUGUUCUAUAAACUCAUCCAACGUGGGCUGCCAGGGUGGUUCCCGUAUAACUCACUCUCAGUAAUGCAGCCAAUGUACACGCCAGAUAUGAACCGGGAAAUCGCAAUGGAGAUCGGGACGAUGUUUCAAUAUACCGAGACCGAUCCAAAGCCACCUCCACGUCGUCUCAUAUUAACGAAACACUCAGAAAUCAGUCAAAUGCUGACUGACCCCAAGGGGUUCCCGAUUCCUUUUGGAAAGCCUUAUGAAAAUUUCAUCGAGGGUCGCGAUUUUGGCCAUUUCAUGCUUGCCGGGGAUAUGCCACGGAACAGGGAGCAGCGAAACUUAUACGGUGCCGCGCUUUACGGAAGUGGCGAACUAAAGGAACUACUCUCGAAGUUCAUCACAGACCAGACUGACAUAUUUUUAACCAGCAGUAUGUUCCAGAUUGGGAGAGGCACGUAUCACGUUGAUAUCCUGAAGGACGUGGCAAUUCCUGUCAUGACAAGAUUUAUGGGCGACCUCUUCCAAUUCGACCUGAAAACAGAGGAGAACACUUCGGGAACAUAUGACAUUGACGGCCUGUACGGCGAUCUCCUGAAUAUCCGAAUCUGGGGAUUCGGUAAUGAUGAUCCCGCUCAGUCGUGGAACCGCCGUCGCGACGCGCAAGUGUCAACUAGGAGACUACUCGCUUCCACAGAAGCAUACAUUAAAAAGGUGACGAGUCCAAUCAGAAUCCGUAAUCUCGUAGGAGCCGUGACAAAUGGUCUCAGUUCCAAUGGCAUCAACACUUCGUUACGCUCCUUUGGACGUGAUUGCAUCAUGGAGCUUCUCGCCAAUGGAAAGUCGGUGCAGGAAAUAGCUGAUAUUAUGAUAUUUACGGCACUCGGUGGUAUUGGUGCGGCUAUUAGCACGCUUGCGGAAAUCUUGGAGUUUAUGAUUGCAGUUCCCGAAAACGUAGAACACCUCGAAGCAUUUAGACACCUUACUCUUGAAAAUUCCGAAAGGGCAGACAAUGAUCUUCGGCGAUACGUUCUCGAAAUGCAGCGCCUGACCGCAGGCCACGUUACGAUGCGUGUUGCGACCCAGCCUGGAAAAUUCGGCAAUCAAAGCUUCCAGCCGGGAGAGCAAAUUAUUGCAUAUUUUGCAGCAGCAUGUCGAGAUCCAGAGGCGUAUCCUGAACCAGAGAAAAUAAAACUUGAUCGUCCACUCGAAAAAUAUAUAGCUUUCGGCGACGGUCCCCACCAAUGCUUUGGCCGAGAAUUGGCCUUGGCAUAUCUGGUUGGAGUCCUAAAGCAGGUGACUUCGCUCAAGAACAUUCGUCCAGCCUUGGGUGGAAUGGGCGUCUUGAAGAGGAUAAAGCGGAAUGGUAUCCCCUAUUACCUUUCAGAGGAUUGGUCGACUUUUACCGGUUAUGCAUCCAAUUUUGAGGGUAAGGAACGAGAUAUGGAGUUGAAGCGCAUUACGUUGUGUGAAACGAGAACAUGGUACAAGGGUGGUGUAAGGGCAUGUCCCGAUGCUGUUAAUUCACAUUUCUCAUUUCCUCAUUUCCCAUUAAUAUAG